AUGGCCAGACUACUAUGGUUGUUAUUUGGAUUACUGUGUAUAAUCCAAAUAACAAGAGCAUAUGAAUACAAUUUGCUGCUAGAGAACUACGAUUUGGUCCCCAACACGCCACCAUUAAAGUCAACCUACGACAUCUUUGCUGGCAAUGGUGAUAAAGAUUGCCCUCCUUGUUUUAACUGUUUGCUGCCUGGCUUUGAGUGUUUGCACUUUGCUAACUGCUCUGAAUACGACGGUAAAUGUAAUUGUCCUCCUGGAUUUGGUGGCGAUGAUUGUAAACAGCCUCUGUGUGGUGCUUUACCAGACGGCCGCAAUCGAUCUCCACGAGAAAAUGAUCACUGUGAUUGUCCUGAGGGAUGGGAAGGAAUCAACUGCAAUGUUUGCAAGACCGAUUCGGUAUGUAAUUCCUUGGUCCCCACUGGACAAAAUGGUACUUGCUACAAGAAUGGCAUCACCGUCUUUGAAAAUUACCAAAUGUGUAAUGUUACCAACCGAAAAAUCUUGGAUCAGUUGAAAACGCAAAUCCCUCAAGUGACCUUUUCCUGCAACAAGAAUCAAGCAACAUGUGAUUUCCAGUUUUGGGUGGACGAGAUUGAGUCAUUUUACUGCCAUUUGAACACUUGUGGAUUCGAACAACAGUACGAAUACGGCAAAAAUACAACCAAAUAUACCUGUCAAAACAUCGACUGUCGUUGUAUCAAGGACGAAUUUCUGUGCGGCAAAGAUGGCUCGAUUGACUUGACAGAUCUUUUGGCAGACGAAAUCAAGGGUCCUGCUUCAUUCAACUGUGCUGGUCCAAACUGCGCAUUUUCAGAGCCUGCCAUGGAUGACCUGAUCUCUGCUGUUUUUGGUGAUGAUUCAAUCUUCUUGGACUGUCAUGGAGGCGAAUGUUUACAUUACACAAUGGUGCCUGGAUUUGAAAGACCCGAGAGACGUACCAAUUGGACCAUGAUCAUCAGUGGAUUGUCAGGCGUGGCCGUAUUCCUGGUCAUCGUUGGAAGUGUGGUGACCUAUUUUGCAGGAAAGAGAGGACCAGAGGGAGUAAUUGAGAUUGCCGACGACGAAGCAGGCAAGCUCAUGUCAGAGCAUACACCCACCAGUCUCAUUUUUGAUAACAUCAACUAUCAAGUCAACGAUAAAAAGAUUCUGCAAGAAGCAAGUGGCAUGGUGCAACCUGGCCAGAUCAUGGCCAUCAUGGGUCCUAGCGGUGCAGGAAAAACGACCUUGUUGGACAUUUUAGCAAAACGCACAAAAUCAGGCACUUCGUCGGGAGACGUGUAUUUGAAUGGCCAAGAGGUAGACGCCUCCCAUUACAAGAAAUUGAUCGGCUAUGUGGACCAAGAGGAGGUCAUGAUUCCUACUCUGACUGUAUACGAAACUAUCCUGUACUCUGCUUUACUGCGUUUGCCUCGUUCCAUGAGCCAAGCAGCCAAGAAAUACCGAGUGAUGGAGGUUAUGCAAGAAUUGGGCAUUGAUGCUAUCAAGGAUUCCAAGAUUGGACAACCUGGAGCCCGCUCUAUCAGCGGUGGUGAGCGUCGUCGAGUUGCCAUUGCUUGUGAAUUGGUCACAUCACCCUCGAUUCUGUUCCUGGAUGAACCCACCAGUGGAUUGGACGCCUACAAUGCUUUUAACGUGGUCGAAUGUCUCGUUGCUCUUGCAAAGAAUUACAAGCGAACUGUGGUCUUUACUAUUCAUCAACCUCGCUCCAACAUUGUCACCUUAUUCGACCAACUUGUGCUUGUAGCUGCUGGAAGAGUCAUUUAUUCUGGCCCUCAGUCUGAAGCACAGCAUUACUUUAAACAAAUUGGAUAUGAUUGCCCCCAGGGAUUCAACAUUGCCGACUAUUUGGUGGAUUUAUCCGUAGGAGCCGUGCGUAGAACACCCAAACAGCCUUCAUCAGCAGUGCAAGGAUCGACUACAAACACAGCAUUCGCAGAUGAUGAUGGGUUCUUUGCUCCAUCCGUGUUACCUGCUGGCUUCAGUGAUGGUUUAGAGAACACAACCGAGCAAUGGGCUUCUGAAUUAAAUACACGAUCCAACAAUCCUCAAAGCAAGCAACGACAACAGCAAUAUGAGGCUGCUGCUGCUGCUGCUGCUGCUGCUGUUAGUAGCCAUGAACCCAAUGUGGUUGUAGAACAAGCUCAAGCAGAUGGACUUUCCUCUCACCUCCGUCAAUUAGUAGAAUACUACCAGCACAGCAUAAUUGCCAAUGCGCUCAAGGAAAACAUCCAAACUGCCAUUACGCAAGCACAAUCCGACAAUGAAGGAGACACUGUCAGCACCAAAAGCAUCCUUAUUUACAAGCGACCUGGCCCCUUUGCUCAAUUCCAAAUUUUGGCCAACAGAACAUUCAAGAAUCUGUACAGAAACCCCAUGCUCAUGUUUAGCCACUAUGCCAUGGCAGUGAUCUUGGCUCUUGUAUGUGGUGGUUUGUUCUACCAAGUAUCCAACACCAUUGCAGGCUUUCAAAAUCGCAUGGGAUUAUUUUUCUUUUACGAAGCACUGUUGGGAUUCAUGUGUUUGACCUCGCUACAAGUGUUUAGCAGCGAACGCAUCUUGUUUGCCCGUGAGCGUGCCAAUGGAUAUUAUUCACCUACAACCUACUUUUUGUCCAAAGUAUUGUUUGACAUUAUUCCUUUGCGUGUCGUGCCUCCUCUUAUGAUGGCCCUAAUUUCGUAUUCCAUGGUCGGUCUGGUGGAAGGCGUCAAUGAAUUCCUCAAAUUUUUGCUGGUACUGGUCUUGUUCAAUCUCACUGCUGCUGCCCUUUGCUUGGCCAUUGGCAUUGUCGUAAAGAACUUGUCUUUAGCCAAUUUAUUAGCCUGUAUGUCUAUCCUCUUUUCCAUGCUGUUUGCCGGCUUGUUGCUCAACAAAGAUACCAUGUCACCUUAUUUCAGCUGGCUCAAGUACCUCUCAUUCUUUAAUUACGCUUUAGAGGCCAUGCUGGUCAAUGAGCUACUCUAUCUCCAGCUGGUGGAGGAGAGAUUCGGCCUCAAAAUCGAUGUGCCUGGAGCUACCAUCUUGUCUACCUUUGGCUUCAAUGCAAAGAACUACUGGCCUGAUGUGAUUCGCUUGAGCUCCAUGUUUGGUUUGUUCAUCUUCAUUGCUUACAUAUGGCUUGUGUUGUUUGUCAAGGAGAGAAGAUAG